GCAGGCUCCAGCCAGAAGAAAAAAGAAGAAGAGAAAAGACAGCGAGAGACAGACAGACAGAGAGAGAACAAGAAGAAGACACCUAAUGUUUUGUUUUUUAAUUUUAUUUAUUCCUUUCCUCGCCGUGUCCUCGCCUCAAGCAAGAUGUAACGCGUUGACAUCACCUCAACCAUAUUCAUGCAUUUGAAAAGAGCCGGGAGUGAGUGCGCAGAGACGAGAAGCCGAGCUGUUCGGGCGAAUGGAACUUAUUGUUGUGCUUUGACUAUGUUAUCCCCAAGUGAGUUUGGCUUCAGUCCGUCUCUGCUCGUCGUCGACCCUUGAGUUUAUUAUUAUUAUUUUUUUUGGUGGGAUUUAUAUCCGAAUACUUUAAGAAGACGAAGGAGAGAGAGAGAGAGAGCGAGAGAGAGAGAGAGAGAGAAAAAAAAACACACACACACACACCGAGGGAGGAUUCUGCAAAGCCAGCAAGCUUUUCCUUUACAGAGCCGGGGAUUUAAAUCGUCGUUUGGUUGGUGGAGCUCCGGGAGAGGCGAGAGUCAAAGAAAAGACAUUCAUGUGGCCAUUCUCUCUAUAGCCAAACAUUUCUUUUUUGGUGGGAUUGCAUAAUGAGCAAGGAAAGACCUAAGAGGAAUAUCAUUCAAAAGAAAUACGACGACAGUGAUGGGAUCCCGUGGUCGGAGGAGCGGGUGAUGCGAAAGGUGCUUUACCUCUCCCUAAAGGAGUUUAGGACUGCACAGAAACGGCAGCUGGAUGGUGAUGGAACCACAAACUCCAAUGGCUCCUUAGCCAAUGGGCAGCUGAACGGCUCGGGGUCAAAGGGCAGCCACAAAGAAGAUGGGUCCUUGCGCUCUCAAGGCCUGGAUGGGAGCAGCGAGUACUGUGAGGAUGGUCCUGCAAAGAAGAGACCUCGGCUCCAGGCUCAGCGGAAGUUCGCCCAGUCGCAGCCCAACUCACCCAGCACUACGCCCGUCAAAGUGGCCGAGCCAGGCAGCCUGAACACUGGCCUGGCCACUGUGCCAUCCACGUCCCUCUCAUCGCUCUCCUCGUCAUCGCUGUCCUCCUCCAUCCAGGACCUGUCCAGGCGCAAGCCCAAGACGGAGGACUUCCUCACCUUCCUCUGCCUCAGAGGAGCUGAUGGAUUUGGGGUGUCAGUGCCAGAGAUGGGGGCUGUAAAUUUCUGGUAUCGGCCCCAGAAGUAUCGCUGCCACUCCCGUAGCUGGGAUGCCAGUGGUUCAUCUGCCUUGCCCAGUAACAUGGCCUACUUCGGAAGCUCCCAGGAGGAGGAGGACCUUGAGGAGGAGGAGGAAGAGGAGGAGGACGAGGUGAGGAACGGAGGUGGUGUCCACUCUCACGGCGUGGGGAGCAGCAGCCAAGCCUCGGCCUCUUCCUCCUGCCACUCGACACCCCGCAAGGGCAAACUCCCCGCCAGGCAGCCACUCAACGGGCACGUUUUUCACGGCCCCAGUAAAGCAGGGACCAGGGAGAGUCCGAGGCCCAAGGCGGGGACUCACGGCAGGGAUGGGCCUACCCCGCCGCUGCCGCCCCCUCCGCCUCCGCCGCCGCCCCUCCUGAGGGAGCGCAGCGAGCGGGCGGAGGCACGGGAGCACGCGAGGGAGCAGCAGGCCAUGGCCAGCAGUCGAGGCUCAGCCAACGGGUUGCCACCGAGGAGAGCUGCUGAGGAGCUACGCAAGCAGGUCUCUAAAGUGAACGGGCUGACGCGGGCAGGCUCGGCACAAGCUGUCAGUGGUGCCAAAAAGAGCCGCGACUUCCGACUGCCGUCCAAAACUGUGAAGAAGUACACAGCCACCGUGUCCAAGGGCCACGUCACCUACACCAAAGCCAAACAGAAAGAACUGGGCAAGAAAACCAAACUCAGCAGCAGCAACAAACACAACAGCGCCGCCUCGGCACCAUCGUCAGCGAACAAUCACAAUCAGCACAGCCAGCCAGCAGCCAGCAAUGGGCUGGCCAACUCAGGAAAAGCAGCGGCACCAGCCCACCACAGCAAUGCAAAAACCCGCAAACAGGUGCUACUAUCCAAUGGGCUGCACAAUGUGGCUGCCAGCCCCCGACUCAACGGCAGGCUAAACGGGCAGCGGCACAACACCUUGGCCAAGGAGGACGGGCAGGGGGAGUGUCCAGGUCGAGAAGGGCUGCGUAACUCUAAACGGCGUCUGGAGGUGGUGCUCAACUCGGUGGGGACAGGGGUUGUUGAGCAGAAAGCCAAAACAACUGGCACUGAGGCCAAGAAGGCCAAGCUUCAGACCACGCCUCUGGAGACGCGCAGCAGCAGCAAGAAGGUGGCCAAUCAAGAGAAAGCUACCACACAAAACACCACCCCCACCACUCCAGUUUCUAAUGGACAUGAAUCAGAAACGACCCCUUCUCCUAAACAAACUCAGCCUGUUACCCUACUUCCACCCUCUACUCCCCCUCCUCAACAAACCCCACCUCCUUCUACACCAGCAGCCGGUGUGGAGCCGGUGAACCAGCGACCGAAGCGGGCAUCGGCUGGCAAGCUGAUGUUGAUACGACAAGCACAGCAGCAGCAGAGCAGGUCUCACGGUCGGAGCUCCUCCUCUUCCUCCCCCUCAUUAGGCCAGAAUCACUCGCCGAAUCCCAGUCGUGCCAGCACUACCUCAGACCCCCAACAGACCUCUGUGUCCUCGUCCUCCUCCACCUCCUCUCAUCUUACUUCCACCAACAGCCCUGGACAGCUCAAACCAGCAGCAUCGCGGCCCGCUGACCGCGACAAGGACUGGGAGCGUGAGAAAGAGAUGACGCGCCAGAAGGAACGUGAGCAGGAGAAGGAAUGGGAUCGCCAGCGGAGCAAACCAGAGGGCUGGGCAGCGCUGGGUGAGGGCCCUGUCUUCCGGCCAGCUCAGAGGGAGUUCCAGGACCCCCUGGUGUACUUGGAUGCGGUGAGGGAACAGGCCGAGGUGGCUGGCAUGUGCCGCGUGGUGCCCCCAUCAGACUGGCGGCCAGAGUGCAAGCUGAGCGAGGAGAUGCGCUUUGUUACACAGGUGCAGAGGGUCCACAUGCUGGGCCGGCGCUGGGGCCCCAAUGUGCAGCGUCUGGCUUGCAUCCGCAAGCACCUUAAAUCUCAGGGCAUUACCAUGGAUGAGCCACCUGUCAUUGGUGGCUGCGAAGUGGACCUGUCACGUUUUUUCCAGCUCAUCAAUGACAUGGGCGGCAUGCAGCAGGUGAUGGACCUGAAGAAGUGGACCAAGCUCGCCGACCUUCUGCGCAUCCCUAAGUCGGCGCAGGACCGGCUGGCCAAGCUGCAGGAGGCUUACCUCCAGUACAUCAUCUCCUAUGACUCGCUCAGUGCUGAGGAGCGCCUCAGACUGCAGACUGAGGUGCUGCAGGAGAAAAAGAACCUGGAGUCUCGCCGGGGCCCUCUGGAGGGCCUCUCGGAUUCCUCAGCACCUAGCGCGCUCUCUCUGCCUCGCUAUGAGCCCAAAAACGGGCUGGUGGGUGGAAUAAUGGGAGCGGCGACGGGGCACCACCGCACCAAUGGAGUUUAUCACCGUCUGAAGGAGCUGGAGGCUCAGGUCAAAGCGGGCCGGCGCCGGCUCUUCGCUCAGGAAAAACAAGGCAAAGAGGACAGGCAGCAUGGGGAGGAGCAGCAGGAGGAGGACAGGGGCGUUCUCAGUGACCAGCACAAAUGUAUUUACAAGGGGAAAUCGGUGUCUUUGACCAACUUCUUCAGGAUAGCCCGGAACACCAUGACAAUGUGCUUUAACAAGGAGCCAGGAGCUGCUGAGGUUGAGCAAGAAUACUGGAGGAUCGUGGAGCAGAGGGACAGCCACGUGGCAGUGCAUUGUGGGAAGGUGGACACCAGUACACAUGGCAGUGGUUUCCCCACAGGAAAGUCAGAGCCAUUUUCAAAACAUGGAUGGAACCUCACUGUCCUCCCGAAUAACUCUGGAUCCAUACUGAGGCAUCUGGGUGCUGUGCCUGGGGUGACCAUUCCCUGGCUAAACAUUGGCAUGGUCUUUUCUACCUCAUGCUGGUCUCGAGACCAAAAUCGCCUUCCAUAUAUUGAUUACUUACACACUGGUGCUGAUUGCAUUUGGUAUUCUGUCCCUGCUGAGGAGAAGGCUAAGCUGGACAAGGUGGUCCAUACACUGCUUCAGGCCAAUGGCACCCCAGGACUAGAAAUGCUGGAGAAGAAUAUCAUGAUCUCUCCAGAGGUGCUUUGCCGUGAAGGCAUCAAGGUUUACCGUACGGUCCAGCGGAGUGGCCAGUUUGUGGUCUGCUUCCCCGGUGCCUUUGUCUCUAAAGUGUGCUGUGGCUACAGCGUGUCAGAGACGGUGCACUUUGCCACACCACACUGGAUGAACCUGGGUUACCAAGCCGCAAAGGACCUGAAAUGUCGUUGUAUAGCCAAACCCUUCUCCAUGGAGAAGCUACUGUAUCAGAUUGCCACAGCUGAGUCCAAGAGGGACAACGGCCUUCUCCUCACCACCAUCUCCGCCCUACUCAAAGACCUCAGGAACAUUGAGAUGCGCCAACGUCAGGAACUUUACCAGGCAGGUUUGCUCUCCUCUGCCCGCUACGGCACACAUGACGGCAGCCUGGGGCCCGGCGAGGGACGCAAGAAGCCUCGUGGCAAGUGGCUGGCACUGGAGUCCUCGGAGAGACGCUGCCAAAUCUGUCAGCAUCUCUGCUACCUGUCCAUGGUGGUUCAGGAGACUGACAACGUGGUCUUCUGUCUGGAGUGUGCCCUGCGCUACGUGGAGAAGCACAAGUCCUGCAGAGGCCUUAAGAUGAUGUAUCGAUACGACGAGGAGCAAAUCAACAGUUUGGUGAACCAGGUGUGUGGACGGGCCAUGUUGAAGAACGGCAGUGGAGGUGGAGGCGGCGGCGGCGGCGGCGGUGGUGGUGGUGGAGGACUCAUCGUCAGUGGAGGAGGGGGGGACUCCUGCCACGGCUUAAGCCCUGCCAAAGCAUCGCCGGCCAAGCGAGGCCCCCGAAAACGCGCCACUGUAGAGGUGUCCCUGGCACGCCUGUCCUCCAGCCACAUACCCAAGGCGGCGGCUGUAUCAUGAGGCAGGCGCUUCGACACCGUCGCCACCCUGUGUGCUGUGCCCACAUCCCUCCAAUUCCCUCAGCUCCCUUGUUUUGUUUUUUUAACAUUAAGCAGGAUCACUAUCAAUCCCUCCUCCUCCACCACCAUCCAAUAUUACAGGUUGUUUUUGAGCUUUGAAAAGUCCCCCAUUUCCAAAAAGGCUCCCCUCUCCUUUAGUAACGACAGGCUUGUUUCUAUAAAAAAAAGAAAAAGAAAAUGAAAAAAGAAAAGCAAGAUGUCUUUUUUGCACUAGUG